AUGGGUUCCAGACUUCAUUUCCAAAGAAUCAAAGAAGGCCCUCCGCUCCCCCGCCAUGACGAUAUAAGGGCUUACAAGCAGGAGUAUGCAGCAGCAUUGGAUGAAUGCGAUCCUCUCAAAUCAUAUCGUGAUCAAUUUAUUAUUCCAUCCAAGAAGGAUCUGCUGAGGAAGAAGCUAGCGGACACAGAUGGAGGAGACGAUGAAUCAGAUCCACGCUGUAUAUACCUCUGCGGAAACUCUCUGGGGCUUCAACCAAAGAAUCUCCGCAAGUACAUCGACCAAUACCUCCGGUCAUGGGCCAUCAAGGGAGUAACCGGCCACUUCGUACCUCACGAGGAUGCUCUACUUCCUCCAUACCUGCAUGUGGAUGAUGCAGGCUCAAAGCUCCUCGCUCCAAUUGUGGGCGCUUUGCCCAGUGAAGUAGCUGUUAUGGGGACAUUGACGGGGAAUAUACACAUCCUGAUGAGUAGCUUUUAUCGGCCGACGGCGGAACGAUAUAAGAUUAUUCUUGAAGGGAAGGCGUUUCCAAGUGAUCAUUACGCCGUUGAAUCCCAAAUUCGACUUCACAACUUCGAUCCCGCCACCUCCAUGGUUCUCAUCGAGCCAGAGGACGCUGAAAAACCCAUCCUGAGCACGGAGCAGAUUCUAAAAGUCAUUGACGACAAUGCAUCAGAUACAGCCUUAAUACUCCUCCCAGGUAUUCAGUUCUAUACGGGUCAGUACUUUGACAUCAAAACAAUUACUGCCCAUGCACAUUCAAAGGGGAUACUCAUCGGCUGGGACUGUGCACAUGCCGUUGGAAACGUUGAGCUGCAAUUGCAUGAUUGGGAUGUCGAUUUUGCAGCUUGGUGUCAUUAUAAAUAUGUCAAUAGCGGGCCGGGAGCUAUGGCAGGGUUGUUUGUGCAUGAGAAACAUGGCAAGGUUAAACUUAGCGAGGCUGGUGACAAUCCUUCAUACCGUCCUCGACUGGCUGGUUGGUGGGGUCAUGAUAAGGAGACUCGUUUCCAGAUGAACAACAAAUUCAUCCCCCAACAAGGCGCAGCAGGCUACCAAAUGUCCAACCCCUCCGUCCUCGAUCUUAGUGCUGUAGCAUCAUCCCUCGAAAUCUUCAACCAAGCAACCAUGCCCGCCCUGCGACAGAAAUCACUCGAACUUACCGGCUAUUUGGAGCAUCUCCUGCUCAAAUACCCACUCGACGACAACAGUUUAGCCGAGAACGAAAGUAACAAAAAACCAUACACAAUAAUAACACCCUCCAACCCCUCCGAGCGCGGCGCACAACUCAGCAUCCUCCUCCAACCUGGCCUAUUGGACAAAGUGCUCGAAAUCCUUGAGGAGAAUGGCGUGGUGAUUGAUGAACGGAAACCGAAUGUUGUGCGUGUUGCGCCGGCGCCGUCGUAUAAUAGCUUUACGGAUGUGUGGGAGUUUCAUCAGAUUUUUGCAAAAGCGUGUAAAGAGGCUGUUAGAGUUAGGGAUGGCAAAUAA